AUGUCUGUUGGUGCUUGGAAUGUUAGGGGAUUGAAUAAAUCUGUUAAGCAGAAGGAGGUUAUUGAUGUUAUUAGGUGUAAUAACCUUGGUAUUUGUGCUGUGAUUGAAUCUCAUGUCAAAGUCUUAAAUCUCAAGAGUGUUUGUGCUAAGACUUUUGGGCAGUGGGAUUGGAUCUCUAAUAAUAAUAGUUGUGAAGCUGGUACUAGAAUAAUAGUGGGGUGGAAUCCAAGACUUUUUGAUGUGAUAUUGCUUUCUCAAUCCAAACAGGUUAUUCAUUGUUAUGUUAAAUUGUGUAAUUUGGAUUUUGGCAUGUAUCUGUCUUUUAUAUAUGCUACUUCGAAUUAUAUUGAAAGAAGAUUACUUUGGGAUAAUUUGAAAAAACAUAGUUUGGUUGUUAAUAGGGAAGCUUGGGGUUUAUUAGGUGAUUUUAAUGUUGCUAUAAAACCUUCGAAAUAUUCUGAAAGCUGUUCUAGAACUCCUAAAGGAGUUGAAGAUUUUGUUGAUUGUUUGAGUUUUAUUGAAGUGGAGGACUUGAAGUCUUAUGGGUUUCAGUUUACAUGGAACAAAACUCCUAUGGGUAAUAUGGGGCUGUUGAAGAAGCUUGAUAGAGUUAUGGAGGAAUCUCUUCCUUUGGUUAAGGAGGUUUGGGAUAAGAAUAUUGAUGGUUUUUUUAUGUUUAAAGUGACACAAAAGUUGAAGAUUCUCAAGAAACAUUGCAGGGAGAUGUGUAAUAAAUAUUGGGGUGCUGGAAAAAGAAUUCAGAAGUUAAGAAAGGAUUUGGAAUGUAAACAACAAGAUAUUGACAAUAAUCCUUUUGAUUGCAAGAUUAGGGAAGAGCAUGCUAAUAUUCUCUUAGAUAUUAAUAUUGCUUGUAAUGAUGAAGAAAAGCUUCUUGCUCAGCAUGCUAAAAUCAAAUGGUUACAGGAUGGGGACAAUAACUCUAAAUUCUUUCACAAAAUAGUUAAAAGCAGGGGUAUCAGUAAUCGUAUUCAGAUGGUUCUGAAUGAAGAUGGUCGUUGGGUGAGUGGGAAGGCUAUGAUAGAGAAGGUGGCUGUUGAUAUGAUUAGAGUGGUUACUGAUGAAGAAAUUAAAUUGGCAAUGUUUGACAUAGAUGACAAUCGUGCUUCUGGGCCUGAUGGGUAUUCUUCAAAAUUUUUUAAAAGUUCUUGGAGUAUUGUUGGUCCAGAUGUUUGUAAGGCUGUGAGAGAAUUCUUUUGGACUGGUAAAUUGUUGAAGGGGAUUAAUGCCACGAGAAUUGUCCUGGUCCCUAAAGUUGAGGUUCCGAGGAAAGUGUCUGAUUUUAGACCUAUAGCUUGCUGUAACACUUUUUAUAAGUGUAUCAGUAAGAUUAUAGUGAAUAGAAUUAGAAAUUGUUUGGGUGAUAUUGUAAGUAAUAACCAAUCAGCUUUUAUACCUGGUAGAUCUAUUUUGGACAAUAUUCUUCUUGCUCAGGAGUUGAUGGUGGGGUACAAAAAAAAAAGAGGUACCCCUAAAUGUACGAUAAAGAUUGAUAUACAAAAGGCUUAUGAUACGGUGGAUUGGGAUUUUCUUAAUAGAGUUCUGCAGGGAUUUGGGUUCCAUCCAGUCAUAGUUAAAUAG